UAGCCGCACAGAAAGCGACAUCAUGGCUACAGAGUAAUGAAUCCAUCUUUCUUGUUUCAUUGCUCUAUACCCAAAAUAAUUUUUCUGUGAUAGUUCUGAACAGCGUAGAGCAUACAGAGCGAUAUGGGUUUAACUCAAAGCUCGGAUGCACCAGAAGGAGGGACGGAUGGGUAUCACGUUCAUGGGGUUCAAGAGAACUCACCUGCUGCGAAAGCUGGUUUGGAGCCAUUUUUUGAUUUUAUCGUAUCAAUUGGAAAUACCAGACUGAAUAAGGAAAAUGACAUGCUGAAGGAUCUGCUCAAAGCCAAUGUGGAAAAACCAGUGAAGCUGGAGGUGUACAGCAUCAAAGCCAUGAGGAUCCGGGAGCUUGAGGUGGUCCCCAGUAACAUGUGGGGAGGGCAAGGCCUGCUCGGGGCUAGUGUCAGGUUCUGCAGUUUUCAAGGAGCUAAUGAAAAUGUCUGGCAUGUCCUGGAUGUGGAUCCUCAUUCCCCAGCUGCUCUAGCAGGGCUGCAGGCUUAUACAGACUUCAUUGUUGGAGCAGACCAAGUGCUGCAAGAUUCAGAGGACUUCUUCUCCCUCAUCGAGAAUCACGAGGGAAAGCCUCUUAAGCUGUUGGUAUACAAUACGAAGACGGACCUGUGCAGAGAGGUGGUUGUUACGCCCAAUGGAGCCUGGGGGGGAGAGGGGAGCUUAGGUUGCGGCAUCGGCUAUGGCUACUUGCAUAGAAUCCCAACUCGACAAGUAUCCCCAAACAGAGAUGAAGUCACCCCUGCUCCUCCUCAGCCUGAAGAAAAUAUUACAGCCGAGAUUCCAACCAAUGGCUAUACGGAGGUGUCCCUUAUGGCAGCUUCUGGCCAGUUAGAAAGGGGAGAGGAAAGCCUGGGUCAGGAGCUUUUUGAGGACACACCGCUGCCUCCCCCGAUCCAGAGAGUCAUGGAUCCAGAUCUUUCUGCUGCUCCAGUCCCUGAUGUCUCAGAGAUAUCAGAAAGAGUAGACCUGUCUGUCUCAUCCUUCGACACGACCAACACCUCCCUGCUUCUUGGUGAUGGUGGCACAUUCAGCUCUGAUUCACCAAAUGUCUCUGGUGUUGAGGAGCUGGGAGAUGGUGAACUGCCAUCUUCAGUACCAGAGAACCUGACAGAGGCAGUGACUCAGGAAACUACACUGGAGCAGGCUGUGGACCUCUCCCCUUCCCCUCCCCUUGAUACCCCCCCAUCGGGUGAGAGCAUCGAUCCAGACGUCACAGGGGCAGCUCAGCCUGAAGCGGUCAGUUUGUCUGAACAAUCCUUGGACUUGGCACAGUCUGAUGUUCAGGAGGGAGGUGACCAGGAUGGAGAUGCCCAAGAUGGAGGUGCAGAGAAUGGAGUUUCUGAGGAUGAGGAUGUUGGCAAACAGAUUGCAGCUCCAGAGUUUGGAUUGCAGUAGGCAAUCUAACUAAGCUCAGCCUACUGACAGUGUUGGAGAAAAUGGCACAAAAUGUGAGGACAAGGGGUAGGGCAAGGUGUGACAGUGCUCUUGAUUGAUAUUAAUAUUGCCAUUUUUAGCUUUCAUUACAGAUCCAAAGCCGCUUAAGUAUAAAGUAUAUAGAUUUGCUGGAAGGUGUGUUGGAAAAUGGGAAAUCACAAUUUUAUGUAUAAAGGCUGUUCUUUUAAGAGAGGCAGUAGUGUUUAGUUUUUUAUAAGAACUGAAUGUAGUGCAUGAAAAGAUGUUUUUUGUCAUAGCAUUAAUUGGUUGGUCCUCUUCUCCUCAUAUGAUACAAAGACACACAAGAAAACAUUAACCUGGUGUAAAAUAUCUCAAUACACUAAUUGGGCACUGCCUAAAAUGGACAUCCUUUGUCAAAAAGAUAUGAAUCUCUCUUCAGUCAGAUGUACAGUAUGUUGUGCAGAGUUAUGCAUAAACAGUUUUUAAUUUCAUUGUCAAAUUGUAAAUCUGAAGAGUAUAAAUAAAACAGCAUUAUUUUCAGAUUAUAUUAUUCAGGCAGGAAAUUGUACAUAGCACCAUUGAAGGUAGGCUAUCGAGACACCAAUUUGAGAAGGCAUUUAAUUUAAAAGUGUACCAUCAGUUAUUGUGUUGAUGCACUACAUUCAGCUCUACUGCUCAGUAGGUUGACGUGGAAUUGUAUGAAAAUGAAAAUGUGUGUAUGUAUUGUCAAGAGCAAUGCUGAGAAGCUGAAAUGUCGCCUUACUUAUUUAGUCAUUACCUCACACUAACUGUCUGCAGUACCUCACACUAGCAAGCCAAAGCUCUGAAAACUAUAAACACAAAAACAAGUGCAGCACAUGCAGUGGGUGCAGGGAAAGUAUCAGUUACAUUCACAACCAAACAGUACGCAUAGAAAUUUCUUUUGAGGUGGGAGUGCUUUUAGAAUAACCUGGACCGUUUCAAAUGUCCUCUGAACAGUCAUUUAUUUUAUUUAUGAGAUUACAUGCGUUGACAGCCUGAAAUGUUUUUUAUAAUGUACCUUAAUUGGACUUUCUUAGUGCACA